CUACUCUUCUUUGCCACUGCAGGGCUCGUUUGAUGGUGAUAGUUUUUUUAGUGCUUCUGCGCCAAGGCUUGCUUCUCCUUUCUUACCCUUCUCUGCUUUUUCUUUACCAAUUGCUGUUCCAAGUAAAAUACGAUGUGUUUUUACAUUGGCUGACUUCUGUGAGAGUGUGAAGAUUACAUCUACCUCGAUUGGCACUACUUUGAAGAACGAAAAAAACUGCUGGGCCAAAGCAACACUUUGCGUGCGACUACUUUCACUUUUCUUAACUACGAUAUUUCAAGAUGGCCGGAGCGACAGCUGCGCUGAACAACGAGGACCAUUCUCUUACGCCCAAUACUUCUGAAAUGUCAAGUUGUGACAAAAAUAUCAUCGAGAUAGCUCGUUCACUGACUCUGGACUAUAUUUCCUACCGGUUAAGGAGCAAACUUGAACAGAGCAAACUCCAAGGGUUACCUCGACAUUUCCUUAUUCCUCCUCAAUCGCCCACCAACGUAUUAACGAGUACUCUACGAAAACUGGCAACCGAUACGGAGGCAAAGUACCCUGAUUUGUUCGAAUCAGUUUGUAAAAAGUUAGAUAUAACACCAGUCUCGGCAUAUCGUACGUUCGUCUGUGUAGCACAAGAGAUUUUCCAAGAAGAAACGAAUUGGGGCCGAAUUGUGGCUUUGUAUGUGUUCGGCGGAGUCGUGGCGCACCAUUUCGUGGAAACGCAACGACCAGAAAUGGUUCAGAAGAUCGUGGAAUGGACUGUGUCCUUUAUUGCCCGUAACUUAUUGACAUGGAUUAGAGAAAACGGAGGCUGGGAUGGAUUCGUUGCUCACUUCUCUGAUUCUUCGCAGUCACAAACCAUGUGGAAGAGCUUAUUCACUGUGGGAAGUAUCUGUGCUGCUGGGUUAACUCUGUUAGCUUUAAACAAGUAAAACAAUUUCCCCUUUUUUUUUUUGUGCACUUGCUGUGACACAUUCUUUGUAUCUGCAUUGGGACAAACUUGAAGGACUUGGUUAUUAAAUCUUUAUCCUUUAUCACAAAUUGAUGAGAAUACAAUUAAAACAGAAGGUUGAUCUCUACUUUUGGUAUUUUUGGUUGCUGUGGCUUAGAGUCCAACCACUUUUACUAACUAAAAAAAUCCACUGGGGAUAUUUUUGUUAAUUGUUCAUAAAAUCAAAUUAUCAUUGAUACACAUGUGUAUAGUUACAUGUAAAUAUGUUGUCUUUAAUUUGGUAGUUGAUAGAAAUUAAACCCCCUUUAGUACAGAUUUUUUGAUCAGUCACAAUGUAGAUACAAGACAUGCAUGUCUCUUGAGAAACAUGUGCAGCUGACUUCCUGCGGGGUUGAAAGAAGUAGUGAUGCUGAAGAAGCAAUUAUUGCUCAAGUUGCUAACGAGUUAUCAGCAUCAAGCUCAUUAGUCUAAGUUAAGCUUUUGAGCAAUGAUUAGAAACAUUGGAAGUAGCUUUUCAUGUUGAAAACUUAGUUUGCAAUAUUUGCUGAAAAAAUCCCUAGAGGAUGUUUCUUUAUUGUUUUGCUAACCUUGCUCUCCAACAUGAAAGUUAUCAGAGAAGAGAGCCCAGCCUCAAAAAUGUCCUUGUACAAGAACAUUUGACCAUGUCUACGAUGAGCCAGCCCUACCAGGAUGCUUUGUAUUGUACUUAGAAAGGCAGAACAAGAGGAGAUCAUGAUAUGUUUAAGUAUGUGUUGAAAAGGAUGAAAUGUUAUUCCAGACUUUUGUGGAAAAUCACAAUACAUUUGCUCCAGUGCUUCUUUAUCUACGUAUAUACCUCCUUCCAAAAUGUUACAUGUUUUGUCCUUGGACUUGUGUUUCAAGUUAUCAAGUUAUACUAUGCACUAAAAGCUGCCAGCAUCAACCAGGGACAUUUGCUAUAUGCAAGCUGAGAACAACAAUAUUGGCCAAAGUUAUGGCACAGAGUGCUGCUGUAGUUUCUUGUAGCUAAUCAUGAUGUUCUGUCACUGGUACUGAUGGAACUUUUGCUGGAUUCUAUCGUGUGUCCAUCCAAGCCUUAAACAACCAAAAAGUUGUUGAAGAAACUGAGCUGUGUUUGAUCAUUUAUGCCUAGGUAUUUUUUGCUCCAGACAUUUAUGCAUUGUAGUAGAGACUUGAAGAAAUGUACGGAAAUGAAAUGGGCUGAACUUUGUAUAGGAUUCUUAUGAUCUCAUUUACAUAGUAAUGUUUAAACCUUGCUGCUAGGGUUGUGUCAGGUUAUUGAGGCUGUAGAGGUAAUAAUAUCUAUCAACUUAAGUGCAUCUUUCAAUAAUGUGAAUAGUGGAGUUCAACAGAUGUGCUGAAUUCAUGUCACUAUCAUUUUGCUGACUGAUCAGGUAAUGCAAACAUAGCAUGGGCUCAGGGCAGAAAGUUCUAUUUAUUGAAAGGUGCAUUAAGUCCAAAAAGGCCAGGUUGGUAAAGCUGUUAGUGGUAAGGCUUGUUAGGCCCUUUAUAGGAGAUCACAGGUUUCCUAGUCAAUUAUGAAAGCCUUUUUUCAUUUUGUAGAACCUUUCUGCUGCUUUAUUCUAUGAUAACAUUUGUUGUCCACAUUACUUUGCAUUCUCGGACAGUGUGUUUGCAUGAGUGGGACAGUGUGGACUUUGAAAAGAAAUUGUAUUGUUGAGAACAAUUGAAACAACCACUUGCACAAGGGUUGUUCUUGAGUUGAAAAUAAAAGAAUUACUAAGCAA